GGGAAUACUAUACAAAGAGGCAUAUUGAAGAAUGUAUUACUAUGUGUUUAUUCCUGAUCGAACGGAUUUGUUCAGAUCAGCUCGAAAAAAGAUUUGGUCUUAAUCUGGUUAAUACAAGAUCCAGGUUAAUUGAGAAAGGGUGUCGCUAG